AUGCGUGUGUGUGUGUAUUGCGCUCUCUUUCAAAGUGUGUGUGUGUUCUCUCUCUGUUUCUCUGUCUCUCUACUCUCUCUCUCUCUCUCUCUCUCUCUCUCUCUCUCUCUCUCUCUCUCUCUCUUUGAUACAUGUGGUAGUUGUGCUUUUCUGCUCUUUAUUUCUCUCUUUCUCAAACCGACCAUCUCUUUCUCUCUCUUUCUCUCUCUUUUUCUCUCUCUCUCUGCUCUCUCUCUCUGCUCUCUCUCUCUGCUCUCUCUCUCUGCUCUCGCGCAUCUUCUUCUUCAUCUUCUUGAAAGAGAGUGUGUGUAUGCGUGUGUGUGUGUGAGAAGCAGCAUCAUGGUUGUGGGGGGAUGGCGGCAGAUGGCGGUUCGGGGAGGGCAGGCGGUUGGGCGCUGUCAGCAGGGGCGAGGGUUGAGAUGGACGCUGGUGCAAGCUGGGGGUUUGCAAGAGGCUAUGAGCAAGCCCGAGCCGACCAUUGUCAUGUCUGGCAUUCAGGCCACGGGGAUUCCCCACUUGGGCAAUUACCUCGGCGCCCUCCGCAACUGGGCUCAGGUGCAGGAUCCAGCCAGUCCAAACGCGGUGAAGGACGCGCAAUUCUAUUUUAGCGUCAUGGACCUCCACUCCUUGACAGUCCCUCAAGAGCCGCAGCAGCUGCGCAGCAAUAUUCGCGAUACCUUGGCCGCCGUUCUUGCCGUGGGCAUUGAUCCGGAACGCUGUGUCUUUUUUCAGCAGUCCCAGGUGGCUGCCCACACACGAAUGGCCUGGUUGCUGGCCUGUCACACGCCUUCCGGAGAGCUCAACCGCAUGACCCAGUGGAAGUCAAAAGCCUCCCAGCAAAAGACCCCUAGCCUUGGCCUCUAUGCCUAUCCCGUGCUCAUGGCUGCCGACGUGCUUCUUUACAACACUACGCAUGUCCCUGUGGGUGAGGAUCAACUGCAACACCUCGAGCUGACGCGAACCAUCGCCGGCAGCAUGAACAACCGCUACGAUAGCCAGCUCUUCGUCCUGCCCCAGCCAUUGCUGACGCCUGCCGCACGCAUCCGAAGCCUACGAAAUCCUACGGCAAAGAUGAGCAAGUCUGACCGCUCGGUGCACAGCCGUAUCGAAUUACAUGACGACCCGGAUACCAUUCGUGACAAGUUGCGGCGUGCUGUAACGGAUAGCUUGCCGGGUGUCUCCUUCGAUUUCCAGGAGCGGCCCGGUGUGAGCAACUUGGUGGCCAUACAUGCCGCGCUGUCCGACCGUAGCCCCGAGGAGGUGGCCAGCGAACUGGCACAUCUGGACAUGGCCGCUCUGAAACAGGAGGUCACCGAUGUCGUGAUAGAGGGUCUGCGUCCCGUUCGCGAGCGGUUAGAGUAUUGGCGUUCGCACCCGGCCGAGCUGGAAGCCGUCUUGGAUCGCGGCCGAGUUCGCGCCGCUGCCACGGCCGAUGCCACGGUCCAGCGUUUCGAAAAGGCACUUGGUCUCCAGGUGUUCUCUUAG